AGCAAUAACCAACAGUAGCCUCAAAGUCAUGGAGUGAGACAGUUCUUAAUUUUUUAUUUUUUCAAUAUAAACUUAAACCAUUACUAUGAGCUUUUUUUGGUGAAUGUGUUUAAGUACGUGUCUAAAACCAAGGUAAAAAUAUGAUGGCUCCGAGUCCUGACGAAAAGAAAGCAGUUGGUCUCCUCCCCAUGGACCUAGCCGAGACGAAUAAUGGUAAAACUAGCCUUAAAUGGUAUCCUGUUUUACAAAAAGUGCUAGCAAUAGUAAUUUUAAUUUUAUUCAUUGUUGGAUUCUAUAUCUUGAUAUUAAGGCUACUAGAAAAUGAUGAUAAAAUCCACAAUACAGAUAUUUUUGUUGUGUCAGGAUUCCGUGAAGGACAAAAUAUGACAAUAUUACAAGACAAAAUGGAAAUAUUUUUGCAAUUCAAUAAUAAAACAUUCAAUUCGAUAUCAAGGAAACGAAAAAAACGAGAAACUAUGUCACUGCCUAAAUAUAGUGCAGAUAAAAAAACAAAUCAAGUAACAAAAAAUGACAAAUUUAAAGAUAAUGAAAUACAAAGGCUGCGUAAAAUGAUAUCAGAACACGAUGUUUUGUGUAAUGACGAAAGUCAUAAAGAUGCUUGCAAGGAACUAGUUAUGAAAAUAAAAUUGCUCACAGAAAACAAUUUUUCAAAUCAUAUUGAUAAUAAAAAAUACGACUCCAGUAUAAAAAAUGCUCUAGAAAGAUAUAUUAAAACGAAAGCAGAUAAGAACCCUUCAGAUGUAUCCAAACGAGAAACUACUUUUAAUGUUGCGAAACCUAUGAACAGCGGAAAAAAGGAAAGAGAUCUCAUGAACUCUUUCGGGUUUCCACACCAAAUAAUCCACACACAUUCAGAUAAGUUUCCACGUGAAUCACGUAAUUCUCAGUUGACAGAUACCUGUUUAUUAGCACGUCUCAUGCGACAAAGUUUCCCUGAAUUAGAAGGUGUAUACGACAAUCCGCAGUUAGACUAUCAAUCACAAGUAUCUCCGUACACUUCUAGGCAUGUUCCAUCAAGUUAUUUCUCCCCAUAUAAUCAGGAUCGUGAAGUCGAUGCACACAAACAUAAACUGCACCCUCAAGAUGUUGAAAUUGCAAUGCACUUUGUAGAACCCAAACAUAAUAAGGACAGUACGUCAAAAGAUGCAUUUUCAAAUACUUCUGUUAAUGAAGUUGAAUGCCCAGUUGGCAUGAUAUCCUGUAGUGACGGCAGUUCCUGCGUUGAUGAAAAAGACUGGUGUGAUGGAAAGGUUGAUUGUAGUGAUGUCAGUGACGAAGCACGAUGUACUUGUAAAUCAAGAGUAGAUGUAUCUAGGAUAUGUGAUGGCUAUUUUGAUUGUCCUUUUGGUGAAGAUGAAAUGGGAUGUAAUGGUUGCAGUGAGAAUGCAUUUAGUUGUGAAGAUGUCAACAUGAACGCACGAAGUACAUGUUAUUCUAAGGAACAACGCUGUAAUAACAUAGCUGACUGUCCAAAUCACAAAGAUGAAAUUGAAUGUAGUAUGCUAGCGCCUAGUCUACAUAAGAAACCCCUAUUUGCAGUGUCCAACACUGAAGGUUUUCUUCAUAGAAAUUACAAAGGAAACUGGUAUGCAGUUUGUAACAACCCCUACAUGUGGGCUCACGAUGCUUGUCGUCGUGAAACGGGACUGAUAAUACGGCCACCAUUCAUUCAAGUUUUGCCAAUCGAUCCCCUUAUUAAGGUUAACUAUAUAAGCACCGCACCCGGAGGGUUGGUACAUACAACCAACGAGUGUCUUAACUCCUCUGCAGUGUAUGUCACAUGUCCUGACUUAUUAUGUGGAACAAGAAUGCUUACAUCUUCGCAACUGAUAAAAGAGGAUGCUGCAAUAGAAAGUCGUCUCUUUGGUAGGAAUAAAAGAUUCCUUUUUCCAUAUCGCGCCAUGUUUUAUGGAGGUCGAGCAAAAAGAUACGUACCAAAUCAAAAUAUUAAAUCAGAUAUGCUUUUCAAAUACUUGAAUUCAGCCAAAUUUGAUGAAAGCAGAAGGAAACGGGCAGAAGGUAGGGUUGUCGGCGGUAAGCCAAGUCAACCAACUGCUUGGCCAUGGACAGUUGCAUUGUACCGAGAUGGAAUGUUUCAUUGCGGAGGAGUUAUUAUCAACCAAAAUUGGAUUAUGACUGCAGCGCAUUGUGUUAAUAAAUUUUGGCAACACUACUAUGAAGUGCAAGUUGGUAUGCUUCGCCGCUUUUCAUUUUCGCCUCAAGAGCAAAACUAUCGUAUCACUCAUGUUAUUGUUAAUCAGAAUUAUAACCAAGAGAGUAUGAAAAACGAUCUUUCUCUAUUAAGAGUUAAACCUGGAAUACAGUUUAGUCGAUGGGCUAGACCAAUUUGUCUGCCUAGUCCUGAAGUGGCUGGCAGUGAUUGGAUGUGGGGGCCACCAGCUGGAACUAUUUGUACAGCUGUGGGGUGGGGAGCAACCGAAGAGCGGGGUCCUGACCCUGAUCAUAUGCGUGAAGUUGAAAUUCCUAUCUGGGAGAAUUGUAAACACGAAGAAGAUCAAUCGGGCAAAGAAAUAUGUGCAGGAUUCAUGGCAGGAGGAAAAGAUGCUUGUCAAGGUGAUAGUGGUGGUCCGUUAUUGUGUAGAAAUCCUAUGAAUACCCAACAGUGGUAUGUGGCAGGUAUAGUAAGCCAUGGCGAUGGAUGUGGUAGAAAAGAUGAGCCCGGCGUAUAUACAAGAGUCAGUUUAUUUGUACCUUGGAUAAAGUAUCAUAUAACUUCAAAAAGAUUACCUAUAAUACAGCCAAAGCAAGAAUGUCCAGGCUUUAGAUGUGAUUCAGGAAUUUUAAAAUGCUUACCUAAAAAAAGAAUGUGCGAUAAAAUAAUAGACUGCCUUGAUGGAGAAGAUGAACUUAACUGUGACAUAAAUACGUUAUUAGAAUCAAACGAAAAAAUUUCGAUUCCAAAUCCAUUGACGAGGGAAAUUAAUGAAAAUUCAAACGGUAAUAAAUCAAAGGAAAUCAUUAAUAAUUCAUUAUCCAUCGAAAAUAGCACAGAAGACGAUGACAAAGUAACAACAUCUAAGAUACUUGUUACAACUUUGGUAGAUGAAUUGAUUUCCGAGUCAAGUGAGCCUAGUUACAAAAAUUAUACAAAUAUUGAAAGCACAACUCAAUAUGGCAUUGAUGAUCAUAACGUGACAUUAACACGUAGAAUAUUAAAACCAGUAACUGAUUUAGAUACAAGUGCUAAUGAUAUGAUGUAUGCGUCUACUAUAGAAAUUCCAAACCUAGAUUAUUCACAGGAAAUUGGUAAACAAGAAGUCGUUGAUGAAUUAGUAACUUCAGACCCAAUUAACGAAGAGCCGGAACAACUGGAAUUUAAAAUAGAUACCACAAAGUAUACGUUGCAAUCUUUGUCAUCCAUCUUAGACACAGAUUCAAAUACACUGAAUAAAAAAGACAAUAAUGAAGAUUAUACGCUUUCAACAACCACUUUGCCAGCACUUGUACAAACUGAUAAUCAAAAAACAACAACUGUUAGUUAUGAACGUCAAGAUUAUCUAGAGCAUGAUACAAAAAAUGAAGAAAGUGACAAAAGUAAAUUAGUUCAAGAGUCAGAUAAUUUAAUAGUUGAACUUUUGCCACAGUCUAGUGUUAUAAAUAAUGAUAUAAAGAAUGUAGAUACAAAAAAUAAAAACGAUCGCGAGGAAUCUGAAACAAAACAUUCAGAGAGUAAUUCUGACAACACCAACUCUCUCGUCUCUAAGGGAAGUAUUAGUGAAAUAGAAGAUAUAGCAGUAUUAGAGCUCCAACCGGCAAAAAUAAGGAAGAAACACUUAACACCAAUCGAAUUUCAAUGUAGGCGUAUUUACCAAAUCGUGCCGUUUACUACCCGUUGUGAUCAUAAACCGGAUUGUGAAGAUGGAACUGAUGAAUUGGAUUGUACAUGCUUAGACUAUUUAACAACAUAUGACAGCAAACUUAUAUGCGAUGGAAACAUUGACUGCGCCCAAGGGCAAGAUGAAAUUGAUUGUUUUUCUUGUGAGGAAAACCAGUUUCUAUGUAAACGAAGUCAAAUUUGCUUAGAUACAAAAUAUAUAUGUGAUGGAAUACCGCAAUGUCCACUAGGAGAGGAUGAAUUGGAUUGUUUUACCUUAUCAAAUGGCAGAAAUAUAAUAAAUGAUUUAAAUGGAAGACCAGAAGUCAAUUUGGAAGGAUUUAUAACAAAAAAGCAUGAAAAUAAUUGGCAAAUAGUAUGUGAAAAAGAUAUGCAAAUUGAAACGCAAGAGGAAACUGCUAUUCAUAUUUGCCGAUAUUUAGGUUUCAGUUCGGCUAAUAGGUAUUUAAUGAAGUACAUAAAUAUGCAAGAUAACCUGGUUAAUAAUGUCGGUGAUAAUAAAAAGAAUAAACGAGAUAUUGAUGUCAAAAUUCCCGUGCACUUUUCUUUUCAAAGUGAAAAUAAUAAUCAUUCACUGAGAAAUAUUAUUAUUGAAAAACCUGAAAUUAUAAAAGAAGAAUGUGUACCUAAUAUAACAAGAACUUGUAUGACCCUGUACGUUUUUUGUGACCAUUCUUUGUUCACACAUUUUAAUCCUACUCAAGAUCUUCGCACAAGUAAAAAUAUGGAAGAAAUUUCAACCUUUAUGUGGCCUUGGGUAGCAAAGUUGUACGUUGAUGGAAAAUUUAUGUGUACAGGUGUUCUGGUAGAUUUGUCCUGGGUUUUAAUAAGUCAUAACUGUCUUCAAAGUUACAAUUUGAGCCACCACUAUAUUUCUGUUUUACUUGGAUCACACAAGACAUUACAUUCUACGAUAGGUCCUUAUGAACAAGUAUAUCAAAUUGAUGCAAAAAAAGACUUAUACCGAAGUAGAGUUAUUCUUCUGCACUUAAAAGAGCCUGCAGUAUACACUGUUAUGGUAAAACCAAUGGUUGUUACGUCCUCAUUUUCUGAGGAUACGAAAAAUACAAUAUGCGUAGCUGUUGGACAGACUAAAAAUAAAACAUUCAAUGUCUUACUAAAGGAAACAGAUGACUGCGAUCUACACAACCGAUGUUUUAUCCGUCAAGAAGGGAAUGAUAGUAUGUGUAAUCCGGGUGUUGAGCCUCAAUGGUCUGGAAUAAUUAGUUGCCAUACAAAACAAGGCUGGUAUCCAGCCGCUUCAUUUAUUCAACAUAACGAUUGUAGUAAUCGAAUAGUUGGAACAGAUAUUGGAAAUCUCAAACAUGAAAUUAAAUACUAUGAAGAAAAGCCAUUGAUAUAUUCUGUAGAUGAAAAUCUACUUGAUGAAUGUCAAGGUACAAGAUGUCAACGAGGCAUGUGUAUAGAAUUGCGAAAUGUCUGUGAUGGAGUAACCGACUGUGAAGAUGCUGCAGAUGAAUCAAAAGACGCAUGUCGAAAAAAAAAUGAUCUAUGUGCCCUUGAUCCUCUCAACCGUGGAUGUGAAUGUCCAGUUGGCCAAUUAAAAUGCAACAAUGGCCGCUGCAUUCUAAAAGAGCUCUUCAAAGAUGGUCAUGACGAUUGUGGAGACGGCACGGAUGAGCCGGGCCACACUAAAUGCUCAGACUACCUCAGGCGUGUGAUGCCGUCGAGGCUUUGUGACGGAAUCCUGCACUGCCAUGACCGAAGUGAUGAAGAUCCGAUGUUCUGUAAAUGUCAUGCGAAAAGGGGUUUUAAGUGUACAGGAUCCUCUACACAAACAGAAGACUAUUGUGUUGCUUUAGAUAUGGUGUGUGAUGGUGUCCGUGAUUGUCCAAAUGGCGAAGAUGAAAAGAAUUGCAUUGGUCUUAGUGCACCAAUAGGAACUCCGCACGGUACGGGAGAAGUGACAAUUCGGUCGCACGGAGUCUGGCACUCGAAAUGUUAUUCUACCCAGAAUCACACCAAGUUGAAAUUGGAGGCCAUUUGCCGAGAGGUUGGUUUUAUCACAGGGCAUGCAAAGCAACUGCCGUCUUUGGAAAUACCUCAGCAACAUAGAAAAAUUGUUGUUGAUACAUUUUCCGAUAUAGUUCUCAACAACAACACAAAAGUUAAGCUGAGAAACAGUAACGCGCCUAUGGCUAGAACAGUUGUUGAGGAAAAUGAGAAUUGCUAUCCAGUUUUUAUAGAAUGCCUAUAGUAUGUUUAAGUAUAGUUUGGUAUGAAGUUAUUUGUGUGUUUCUUGCAGUGAGAUUUUAAACAUAAUAAAUAGUUAUUCAUCAUUCUG